AUGGAGGAGACUGCUACAACGGAGGAAGCUGAGGAGUUAAAAGCCUCUAGCGAGGCCAUCGCCUUUCUGUCCAGCAUAAGGGCUGCGGAGAUGCAGCGUUGUCUGUUUGAAGACUCUCUGGUGACAAUGUCCGAGGGGGGCAGAGAGCUGGGAGAGUUUAAGGUGACUGUGGAGAGGACCAUUUGCAGGGAGCAGCCUUGCCUGCUGCUGCACGCACACAGCCAUGGAUCUAUUGACAACACUCCCUGUGGUACAGCCAUCACUGCCUACCUUUCUUUGAACCUGGAGACCCUGGAGCAAAACCACCACGAGUAUGUCAAGCUUCAAGACCACCGAUUGGACAGGAGGUGUCACAUGGUCCAGCAUGAUGGACAGCUGGUGGUGAACAAAAUCACCACUGUGGGAGAGGAGAUAAGGAGGCAGACCUUGUCGUACCCUCUGUCCUCUGUGAAGGGGUUAGUGUCCGAGGGCUCUAACCUGCUGCUGCUGAGGGUAUUCGCUCUGAGGAAGAACGUCCCGGAAAACAUGACCUUCCUCUCCUUCGACCAGGACACACACAUAUCCACCUCCACAUACAGGGAGCUGGGGUGCAGGCAGCAGACGGUGGGAGAGGAGGUGGUGGAGGUUUUCGGGAUGGAGAGGACGGUCAACUCGGUGGAGGACAUCCCAGCCAUGUGGCACUGCUACUUCCUGCCUGACGGGCAUCUGGCUAGCCGAGUGCAGGUGGGCUCUCCUGUGACCAUGAGGCUCUUGCUACUCCCGCUCCAAACACACACAGAGGUGAGGGAUGAUAAGCCUGUGUUUGAGAAGAGGUCUCUGGUCUGGGAGGAGGACAUGCAGAUGCACUCCAUGUUCCUGGACAGAAAGGAGGAGUUGAAGGCGGAGCAUGCCUCGUACCUGCGGCAGCACCCGGAGCUCCGCACUAUGAUGGCCGACUUCCUGCAGUUUUUGUUAGUACGGAAACCGAGCGACGUAUUUGUGUUUGCCCGCGAGUACUUCUCCCCAUUCGCCUCCCUCCAACCCCCGGGGAGCACCUUCAACACCUCACCCUGAGGAUGCACAGUUCAGAUGGAGGAAAGGGAAUGAAGAGAAGAAGCCUCUUUUGAGAUUCAGCCCAGUUCUCUUUAAUAGGUUCUGUCUUUCAUCUUUUUUUUCUCUUUUUUUUUUGCCCUUUUUCUCCCCAAUUGGUAGUUACAGUCUUGUCCCAUCCUUGCAACUCCCGUACAGACUCGGGAGAGGCGAAGGUCGAGAGCCAUGUGUCCUCCGAAACACAACCCCGCAAAGCCGUACUGCUUCAUGACACAAUGCCCGCUUAACCUGGAAGCCAGCCGCACCAAUGUGUCGGAGGAAACCACGUACACCUGGCGACCGUGUCAACGUACAUGCGCCCAACCCGCCACAGGAGUCACUAAAGCGCAUGGUGACGCGAUUGUGCACAGCUUCAAAGCCUUAGACCGCUGGGAGGCCCUCCGUCUUUCAUCUCGAGGGACAACUGAACUAUUUAUUAGUGUGUUUUGCAAUAAGGCAGAGCAGUGGUUAUGAAGUAAAUAAGAUGAGGAAAGGGAGCACUUGUAGAUUAUAGGGACAUAGAUAAGGAAUUAUAGGAGCUCAUUUUCAGCUUCAGUGUGUGUGUGUGUUGUCAUUUUAAAUUUCAA